AACAUAACCUAAAAUUUCAGAUUCAAAAUGAAUUUAUUCUUAUGAAUUUGUGAAUAAUUAAUUUUGUUGUAAUUACUAUGGAAAGUUCAAAUAGGAGACCUCCUGUACGACAUUAUUCUAGACGUAGGUCUAGAUCUAGUUCUCCAAGGACAUCUAAGACAAGACGACAAGACAAGGACUUAGAGGAUUAUAAAUAUGAACUCAAAAGAUUUCUGGAAGAGCAAGCUGCUAUAAGUAAACCAGAUGACUUCUGGAGAUUUUAUCAGAAAUACAAAAACCUACAAACUUUGAAAAGAUCUAGUAUUGAUAAGACUAAGAUUCUAAACUUCAAUUUUCUUGAAAAGGUUUCCCUAUUGUAUGAUAGGCUUCCUGUGCUAGAUAAAAAAGGAAAUAGAAUAAAGAUAUCUUUAGUUGAUUUUGAAAGUUUUCUAAUCACUAUUAAAGUAUACCAAGAUUUCCAACAAAAAUCAAGUUUUGCGACACUCAAAAAACUUAAAAUUGCUCAAAAUGAUCUACCGAUUGCUCGACACAAAACAGAAAUUAUUGAAAAACUGAAUGACAGUAGAGUAUUGCUAAUAGCUGGAGAUACAGGCUGUGGAAAAUCGACCCAAGUCCCUCAAUACGUACUAGAAGCAGGUUAUAGUAAGAUAGUAUGUUCACAACCUAGACGUAUCGCCUGUAUCAGUUUAGCUAAACGUGUUGCUUACGAAACUUUGACUGAAUACAAGAAUACAGUAGGUUAUCAGAUCAGAUUUGAAAAAACUAAAAGAGCUGAUACUAACAUUAUAUUCAUGACUGAAGGGUUAUUAUUGAGACAGGCCUCUGAACAAGACACUCUAAGUUCUUAUGAUGUUAUUAUCCUAGAUGAAGUGCACGAGAGGAACUUACAUGGAGAUUUUCUCAUAGGUAUAAUGAAAUGCUUGUUACAUCAAAGAAAAGAUUUCAAGCUAAUACUCAUGUCAGCGACCAUAAACCUUCAACUCUUCACGAAGUAUUUUGCUGAAGAAAAUAUCCAAGUGAUACAAGUACCUGGUCGACUUUAUCCAAUAGAAAUCCAGUACAAACCUAUCAUCAAAGACCCUUACGAAAGAAAGCGUGAGAAAUUUGAUUGUAGUCCGUACUUACAGAUUCUGCAAAUGAUAGAUGAUAAAUAUCCUCCGCAUCAAAAGGGUGACAUGUUGAUUUUUCUGAAUGGUUUUUCUGAGAUUUCUACUCUUUCUGACGCUGUGUCAGAGUACGCACAGUUGAAAAAGAACUGGAUUGCUCUUCCAUUGCACAGCACUUUGUCUUUGGAGGAACAAGAUAAGGUUUUCCACUAUCCUCCAGAAGGUGUAAGGAAAUGUAUAAUUUCGACUAAUAUAGCAGAAACGUCUGUUACCAUAGAUGGAAUAAGAUUCGUUAUUGAUUCUGGAAAAGUUAAUAGGAUGACUUACAAUACCAAUGUGGGAGUGAAUAAAUUAAGUGAAUGUAAUAUUUCUCAAGAUAGUGCUAAGCAAAGAGCAGGUAGAGCUGGUCGUACUGGUCCUGGAACAUGCUUUCGCAUGUACUCGGAAGAAGACUUCGCCAAUUUUGAGGCUUUUACUCCAGCCGAAAUCCAUCAGGUACCAUUGGAUUCGCUUUUGUUGCACAUGAUCUCGUUGGGAUUGAGCGAAAUAGCUAACUAUCCUUUUGUUGAGAAACCGGCUGCCAGAAGUUUAGAAGAGAGUAUAGAGAAACUAAAGUUCAUCGGCGCAUUGAGAUUAGACAAAGAGUGUUUGGCAUUGACGCCGCUGGGAAAUGCUUUGAGUCAGUUACCAGUUGACUUGGCAAUAGGUAAAAUGCUUAUUAUGUCCACAAUAUUCGGCAACGUAAACUCUGUCCUCGCUCUAGCCGCACUUCUCAGCGUGCAGAGCCCUCUGACUCAAACUGCUCAAAGAAAUUUGGAUGCCCAAGACCUGAGAAAUCCUUUAGAAUCCAACCACGGUGACCCAAUUACGCUCCUUAAUUUCUACAAGGAAUGGCUGACUAUAAAGCAAACGUCGACAACCCAGCAAGGGCAUUCCAAAAAAUGUGGUGAGAAUUCUAAAUCUUGGGCCAAAAAACGAUGUCUGGAAGAGCAGAGAUUCUACGAAGCGACCAAGUUGCUUGAGCAGUUCAGGGACAUCUUACACGAUGCAGAUUUGCUGGCCAAGAUUGAAGAUGAGAAUUUGAGCAGUGCAGAGAGGGCCAUCAGGCAUGGGGAGUUGAAGCAUCUGAAAUCGAUGCGGUAUCAAUUGAAGAAUGAGACAAAGUCAACAAGUAGAAAGCAGCUAAAGUAUGAUAUAUACAACUUUUCAGAUAAACCGGAAGAUGGUGAUAAGGCCGAUAUCAGGGAUGUUGAGUUCAGAAUAGUGAAUGAUUUUAACAGGUUGCAAAGAUUGCUGAAUGAAGCCUCGGCAGAUAGCCAUAAAGAUCUUAUGAUGCUUAAACUAAUCUUAACUAGCGGACUCUAUCCCCAGGUAGCUGUUGAGGACGAGUUCAAUUCUUCCAAAACUGUCUCCGAACGUCUUUACCACACCAAACAUAAAAACUACUUAUUCCUUAGGCCAAUGAACUAUUUUGCAUUGAAUCCUGAGAUCCUGGAGUUGCACAACGACGACAUUGAAGUACCGCCUCCUGGAUAUUUCAGCAAACGACCCAUAAGUAAAAGACAUCAGAUACUUGUUUAUCAGUCUAUUUUGGAGACAAAGAAAGUUUAUUUGGUGAAUACCAUGCGAAUGCCUGCUUUGCAGACUUUGCUGUUGUUUGGUAAAACUAUAGCUACUAACAGGACGCUGACACAAUUUGUGGUUGACGAUUUUUUACUUUUUGAUGUUCCAUAUAUUGGCCAAGGUAAAACACUUCUUCUCAGGGCAAUUUCUCUUAGAAACAAAUGGAAAAACAAAUUGGAUACCAAACUGCAAGACCCAAAAAACAACAAACAUGUGAACAGAAAGGAAAUUUUUUAUUUUAUUGAAGAUCUCGUCAAUUUCAUGAGUGCAGAAAUCAGUUAUAACAUGAAGCGGUUGCUACCUGCUGAUCUAAAAGAAAUAUAUUCUUUUGACACAAAUUUCUUUGAAACUGAGAAUUUCAACGGAAAUAAUCAAAAUCCCUUUGACAAAAACUAUACAAUUGUAAAGAAUUAUGAAAUAGGAGGAGUUAACGUCACAGAGAAUGUUGUUUUCGAUUGUUUGCUCCAAGAGCAGUGGGCCUGUGCUAUCGAAGAAGAAAUAUUUCAGACCCCUUUGGAAUGUCGUCACUGUAAGAUGUCAAAGUUAGGGUCAUCUCUUUUCAGCUUUAUGCAGCAUGAGACAUUUUGCAAGGAUCUGAUGGUCGAAGAGAAAGAGGGAGAGAAAAAUGAAGAAAUAACUAUUGUGAAACCAAAUUCUAGGUUGUUUCACUGUCCAGUGUGCGAUAAAGAUUUGUUAUUAACCCCUACUGACAUUUUGAAACAUAAAAAAUUGUGUAAAUGAAUAUAGAAAUGUCUUUAUUUUUAUGUCACAUCUGGUUUUAGAUUAUUAAAGGUCUGAUAACCUCUUCUGUAAAAUUAAACAAGCAAAAUGUUAAAACUAAAAAGCUAAUUAAGUUAUUAAACAAUGUAUUGAAUUUCUAGAUUGAUAUAAUAAGAGAUAAACAUAAUAAGUAUUUC